AACGGCGGGGUGUGUUUGAAUUGUGGACCCGCACGUCCCGGCGGUUUGCUGACGGCUCAGUUGUGUAAGACGUGGAUCUGUUGUGACGGCUUUGUGUUUAAUGGUGCCCAAAUUCUUCGGGCUCCGUGUGGUUUGGCUUAAUUUUAUCGCUAGCAAAAUGGGAGAUAUGGCCUCUACAAUGCAGAUGUCCACCGCGGAGACAGCGCUGCCUGGGCGGGCGGAGAGCAUCAAGGUGUCCGGUGCCAAACACGAGGUGAACGGCAACAGGACGGUUCCACCUUUUCCAGACGGGACUGAGAUGGCCAUAUUUGGAAUGGGAUGUUUUUGGGGUGCGGAGAGAAAAUUCUGGAGACAAAAAGUUUAUUCCACCCAAGUGGGCUUCGCUGGAGGAUACACACCAAACCCCACCUACAAGGAAGUCUGCACAGAUCAGACGGGUCACGCUGAGGUGGUGAGAGUUGUCUUCUAUGCAGACCAGAUCAGCUUUGACAAACUCCUCAAAGUUUUCUGGGAAAGUCACGACCCCACUCAAGGGAUGCGUCAGGGGAACGACGUGGGGACGAUGUACCGCUCGGCCAUCUACACCUUCACCCAGCAGCAGCUGGAUGCGGCACUGGCUUCCAGAGAGCAGUACCAAGAGGUACUGAGAAAAGAAGGCUUUGGCAAGAUUACAACAGAAAUUGCUGCCAACAAGACCUUCUACUACGCAGAGGACUAUCAUCAGCAGUACCUCAGCAAAAACCCUAAUGGGUACUGUGGCCCGGGAGGGACAGGAGUCUCCUGUCCAAUAGGAAUCAAAAGAGUGGUUUAAACAGCCAAUGGAAGCCAAGAGGCAUCUCUGAUCUGCUGUGAUGUAUUUACUGAGCACUUUUGAUUGUAAAAAAGUUUUAUUUU